AAAGGUAAUAAUGAACUUUUUCCAUCAGUUGAUGUGACCCUGGACUCCAGCACUGCUCAUCCACGUCUCCUCCUAUCAGAAGACAAGAAGAAGGUGUGGUGCGGUGACAGGCACCAACAUGUUCCCAACAACCGUGAGCGCUUUGACCGUGUCGUCUGCGUUCUGGGGCGCGAGGGCUUCAGCGGGGGUCGACACUACUGGGAGGUAGAGGUCGGUGGAAAGACCGACUGGGACCUGGGGGUGGCCAGUCAUUCCUGCAACAGGAAAGGUAAGAUCACAGUCAGCCCCAGCAACGGCUACUGGUUUCUUAGCUUGCGGGACAAGAACAAUUUAGCCUUCAGGACUGAGCCUUCCACUGCCCUACCCCUCAGCCUGAAGCCUCAGAAGAUUGGGCUGUUUGUGGACUACGAAAAAGGCCAAGUGUCCUUUUAUAAUGUGGACGCAAAGAUGCACAUCUACACGUUCAUGGACAACUUCUCCGAGACCAUUUAUCCGUUCUUCAGUCCCUGUACCAACAAAACAGGCAAAAACGAUGCUCCGCUGGUGAUCACGCCUGUCCAGUGACGUUUUGUGACCAAACAUCUCCACCUCUAAUGUUUUGGGCUUUUCUUUUUCGCCUAACAAAAUAGCCUUUUCAUACCCACAAAUCUUUCUUAUUCUAUUAAAGUCGGCAUUAAACAAAG